AUGAACACCUCGCGUGUGAUCGGAACUAUUUUCCUAAUCUUCACCAUCAUUAAAGGAAGUGAUCAAGAGGUCAUGAAGUUCAUGUCAAAUUUCUCAGCCGCUCAACCACAAUCCAUCUGGAGACCAUCGAUUCUUUUGUAUUUCUUUCCCUUGCUCAUUAUCGGUUUAGCUGCGACUCGCAAGAUAUGCACUGAUUGUCAUCUUAUUUACGGACAAUAA